AUGGAAGACACACAAGAUUUCGAGGCCUCCAAGCUUGGAACCAAAGAAUAUUGGGACAAGGUUUACAAUCGCGAAAAUAGCAAUUUCAAAGAGAUUGGCGACAUUGGCGAAAUAUGGUUCGGUGAAGAUAGCGUGGAGAAAAUGACAGAAUGGGUGACAGAGAAUGUUACCAAAACCGACAGCCGGAUAGUGGAUCUCGGUUGCGGCAACGGCCACUUGUUGCUUGAACUCGCUGGCGAAGGAUACAACAACUUGACAGGCAUCGACUAUUCGGAACCUGCCAUUACAUUGGCCAAAGCCGUUGCUGAGCAACGUGACCUGAGCGAUACGAUCCAAUAUCAUACGGUAGAUCUGUUGGGAUCCGAUUGGGCUGCACAGAAUCAGUUUGAUAUCGUGUUGGAUAAAGGCACGUUUGACGCGAUUUCGCUGAAUCCAGAACAAGAGCAAGCGAAAAAGGAAGGUAGAGAUGGACCUAGAGAACGCUAUGUGGAGGCCGUGCGCCAAAUGAUCAGCCCUGAGGGCCUGUUUCUUAUCACAAGUUGUAAUUGGACUCAAGACGAGCUCGCUCAAAGUUUCAAGAAGUACUUCCGAUACCACUCGCAUGUCAAAUAUCCCACAUUUUCGUUCGGUGGACACUCUGGAUCGAAAAUUUGUACUGUUGCCUUUGAACCGUUGUAA